CUGAGGUGAGGCAGUUGUCCUGGGCGGUCGACAAGGGGCGGGCACGCGGUUCCAUCUCCUCCUCACACAUCACGUCCCCUCACCAGUCACACCGACCAACGUGUGUACCUAGCAACUACCCCUCUCGCCACCUGGGCAUCUGUUGGACCUAUCUACCUACCUACCUGCCCGCUGCCCCGUCUUGGAAGUUUACUGGAAACAUAGGACUCUCUUCAUAGUUAACUGAGAGAUCACCUUAAAUCCAAAACAGCCUUCAGUGAUUCGGAUACACUUACUGAACCUGUAGGUAUAUAUUAUCUACUGAAAAACAAAAAAAGUAAACUGAAUUGAUCCAUUCUACUGAAAUCACAAAAACUCGUAACUAAUGAACUGAGAACAGGUUAUGAGAAAUCGACUGAUACCAACCAUUGAGCACAUAUUGUGAAGAUCAACUGAACUUGAGGCACUCCCACAACUCAAGAGAUACAGUGGAGACAUCUCGUGUGUGAGAGACAGUAAUAUAACUCAUGACGUUGUGUUGUGUCUUGUGAGGACCACCACACCAGCAGGCUCGAGACUUUCCUAAAACUAUCAAACUUCUUCAGAAUUUUAAGGAGAAGAUUUUAAAAGCAGAUUCAGUGUACAGUAUUUUAUUUUAUUUGUAGAGACUAAAAGUGAACGAAAUCUUGUGCUACAGCCGUGAAGACCAAAGGAAGAUGGUAUUCUCUACAGGAUUUGUCUUGAUGAUGUAAAGAAACUUAUGAAUUCUACAUGAUACCUUUGACGGUGACUACGAGUGAGUGCUGCUUUAGGGCGUCAAGUAUCCUAUGAGAUAUGUGUUGAAACCCAUUAACAUUCUCACCAUCGCUCCAACAAUACUCACCAUCGCUCCAACAAUACUCACCAUCGCUCCAACAGUGAACAUAUGGUGGAGGAGAUAAAAACCACAUUAUAAAGUGCCUAAGGUAUUCCAUGAAAAGUAAGACGUUUUCUUCAAGCUCAGAUCACGGCCAAGACGCUCAAGUUGAAAACAAAAGACGACCGGCAAAAAAAAUAAACGCACCGCCAUUAAAAAAACUCUACAGGAAAACUUGAUAAAAUAUUACGCUAUGUUUAUAUUGAAGAACUUUAUCACGUUAGUUGUGUAAGUUGAUUUGAGUGGCUUAUUAUUCUUGUCUUUUUUAUUAUAUUGACGUUAUUCAUGAUAUUAACUCCGGGUUCCAUUUCUUACAUGCCAACUCAUAACUCCGGUCAGUGACAGCAGAUGUGGAGUGAAAAAGCCCAUUAACUUUUAGAUGACAUAAGUGACUGUUAAGUAAUGAUAUGCCGUAUGUUAUCUCUGUGAUCAAAGACCUCCAGACGGUGUUAAGUUCCUGACGGAGUAACUACAACAGAGGACAUCACCCCCACCAGCGAGAGUUGCCGUAGAGUUAGUAACGUAUUCUCAACUACUAAGUGACCACGAACACUAUCCAACUUAUCGUAAACUUCUGAGGGUGUGUAGUAGACGUCAGGAACAGAAGCCAGGGAAAUACUCCUUCGUCAGGUAGUUCUCCCGUGUUGAAGAGGAUGGCGGUGACGGCAGCAGUGGGGGAGAGGAGCAGGGGUCUCUCUCUCCUCCAAUCCAUCUUAGUCCUCCUAGUGAUGGUGUCUUGUCCCAGCUACACUAUGAGUGUGUCCCGAGGCAGCGUGGAGGGAAUGCUGGAACUAAGCCAGGCAGUGACGCAGCUGACUCAGAGGCUCGCCACCCUGGAGGUCAAUAUCGAGUCGCGACUUAUGAGGCUCACAGAUGCAGCCACUAAAGGGGAGAUGCUGAUAGACACACUGUCCUCCCGCCUCAACAAAGUGGACACCCUGGUGGAGAAAGUGGACGCUCUCGACUCCCGCCUCACCCUCGAGUCCUCCUCCCUACGCUCCACCAUCAGUAUCACCAACAGGGAUCUUCAGGGGAUGGCCACACACCUGGAGCGCCUCGACUCCCGGGUAGACGGUGGAGGCGGGUCAAGACACGACACGAGGUCAAGUUGGAGUGACAGCCAGGUCUCCGACAUCAACCUCCUGUCUACCACGAUUUCUCGGAAGGUCAAUGAGUAUGUGGAACGCACUCUACCUCGCUUACUGGACCAAGCCCUCAACACACUCCACGACACACUCUACAAGAAGAUUAGUAAGAGUGUGGGGGAGCUUCAGGAGGAGGUGAGAGAGACGAGAGAGGAACUAGAGGACCUGGGUACACAGACGCUGACGGCGGCGGCGCAGGCGAGGCAAGAUAUACAACGAGACGGUAAGACGACCCACGAUGCCGUCACUGACAUCAAGAACAAGAUUCAGUCCGUACAUCAAGACCUGUCCUACAAGAUCACCACAACGACGCCGUCACUAAGCAGCCUUCGACCAGUCCUGCAGCAGAUGAAUCACACAGUUGUUCAGAGCAUCGCCCAAGCCGCUGCAGGUCUUAAUGUUACCCUACUGGAGGAGGUCGCCCGGAGGAGAGGCUGGGGUGGUGGUGGAGGAGAAAGGUACAGACAGACACACAGCCAAGCCCUACAGUGCCCUGACCCCACCACGGUCGCCGCUCUCCUGGAGGUGAAAUAUCUACUACAGUCGCUGCUGAAGAAGAGUGAAGACCUCCGCCGUGGACUGACGAAGCAGACGAGUGAGGGCGUCGACCUCCUGAAGCUGCUGCACCAAAGGUUCUCAGUCCUGCUGCGUCGGAUGAACACAGAACCAGACCACGGUCAGAUACUGGUGACGGAGAUGCAAGACCUGGGCAGCUUGGUUGAGAACUCCUACACCGCCGUCUUGGUCGCCCAGAACGCCUUCAUCGACUCGUGUAAAAGGAUACAGAACGAGGAACCAAGCCUGGAGCUGAAGAUCACGGAGAUACUCGACAAGCUGGUCACCAACAUUGACCUGGGACAUCAGUUGAAUCGGCAGCAGUUAAGUGAGCUGAGGGAGGUGGUGGAGAGACUGGGAGAUAACAGCAGCCCCCUCACCGUCACCCCCCUGGCAGGUGUACAGGUUGAGGAGGUGGACAGUGAGGUGAGGAGCGACCAGCAGUUUCCAGUCGAGUCCAACACUAAGCUGGGCGAGGUGAGGGACGUCAUCCUUCAUGCCUUGGAGGCGGCCAACUGGACGGUGGUGAGGCUAGAGGGGGUGGAGGCGAGGAUGGACAGUGUCUCCAGUGAACUCGUCAGUACAGAUUGGACCAACCUACGACAGAAGGAGCCAGCAGACCAGCUGGUGACGGCGGCCAAGGACCUCAAGGGUUACGCCCAGGAACAGAUCAUCCAGUCCUUGAACCUACACGAGGCCCUUCUGACCCUCCUGGAUCACAGAGUCAUCAACGGCUCCGUCAAACUUCGUCACGAUAACGGCGUCAAGUCCGCCGUACCUCUUAACUUGAUGAAUGACGGUGGCAUAUCACUGACGCUGCCUCCCUCCUGCACGGCGGCACUCCUGCAGCAGGUGUGGAGCACACCAGACCUCCAGGCAACUCCUCAGACAACAGCUCUACCCGUGACUGAAGUCACCGACCCUGACGACUACGUCCCUGCCUGGUACACCGAUCCCGAUUUUCUGUCAGGAAACUACGGCACACCGGACCGAGGGUUUCCCGUGUUCCAGGAGGAGGAGUGGGUGGACAUGGAGGAGGACUACGCCAGAGAUGACUACCACCCCCCACAGUCCUCCUCAUCCUCCUCCUCCUCCUCUUCCUCAUCCUCCUCCACCUCCUCCUCCUCCCCGCCCACCACCUCCACAGCGCCACCCAAACCUGCCGCCCCAGCAGGAGUGAACAGAUUCUUCGGGGUGAAAGAAGUCCCCAACACCUCACCUCCACUGUCCAGACAGACGAGGAGGACGGAAGACUUUCCAUAAAAGUGACCUGAUCUGUAUAGGACAAUAUCUUCCUAAGAGACGAUCUAGUGUACCAUAGUAUUAACGUAAGCUUUAGAUUGACCCACUAACAAGGUAGAGAUAUACUGGCUACUAAAACGACACAUUAUGAGCCUCAGUGAGUUUAAUAUAAGUUCUAAAGUUCUUAAGACAUAUUAAAGUUAGCCAGAAGGUGAUCUAUAAAUUAUCAUACUCACGAACGCGUCAAUAACCUCACUAAUACAAGAGUUAACACGGAAUCUGUUGAAAUAAAGAAUACAUCAUUUAAUAUAAACACCAUUCUAAAGCUAAUAAAUAAAUAUCUUUGUUAACUAAAAAAUUACUGUGUUUAUUAUAUCCUGGAACACACAUUUGACAACUUCACACACAAGACGAUAAACGCCCGCCUGACCUUCGUGAUGUCACCGUUUAUUUUGAGCGAUGCAUUGUGGGUAGGAUGAUGAAAUACCUGUAAAGAUGGUUGAUGAUUGAAUGAUGAGACGAAUUCCUAUAUCCCAGACACUAGGAACUAACACUCAGACAGUAACGAUAAUUUCCACUGUCCAUACAAUCACCUUACGUAACGCGUCUCUAAGUUUGUGAAGAGUCUGACCUAAUGAUUAAACACCCUAAUGCUAAC